AUUUUUGUCAAGGUCGCUGAGAUGUAAAUAAGGUUAGGGCACGUGAUUGGCGAGAUUGUAGGUGAGGGUUAGGGUAAGCAUUGGGGCUAGGUCCAAGGUUAGGUUUAGGGUUGGGAUUAGCACUAGCCCUGUGAAGAAAAAUUAAGUUGGUCUUAGCAUUUAGCACAGUAACAGUAACAACACCACGUGAGUUAUAUUUACAUUUUUCAAAGCUGAAUAUCACCAGACUCCAGAGUCUCGGGUUGUCAAAUAUGCGGUAAUGAUUGUAAGUAAAAGGACAUCCAGGAUGCAUUUAGUCUCCAAACAGUUUUGAUUAAUUUUAUUGAAACUUAAUGUGCAAUAUGAACCUAACAAGAACUAUUAAUCAAAGGAUUUUACAAUGUGUAUCACUGAAACCAGUUUGUUUGCUCUGCAUGAAGACUUUACCUAUACGCUUUAAAACAUCCAAACCAUCAAGGAGUGAUUUAGCCAAGCUUAUAUUUAUGGACAAAGAACUUAACUCCUUAUAUGGGCCAAAAAUUGAAUCGAAAAACAAAGUAGGUACAAAAUCUAGAAAAACAACAAAAAUAAAUAAGAAGGUAGCCAGCUUAGGAAUUAUUGGUGAAAGUCUCCAAGAUGUAGAUAUGUCUUCGAAAAAUCACUAUGAUGAAGGUAUCCUAAUCGAUAAUAGCUAUCUUAAUGUAAAUGCAAACUCAAACUGUAGAUCUGAAAAUCAAAGAAAUUCUGUUUUCAACUCAUUAUUGAGCAUACAAGUGGACCCAGGAAUUAAAUCAUACAAAGAAAUUAACAAAGCACUAAACUCUAAAAAAGAAGGUAUAUUACCAAAGGUGAUUGAUCCAAAUGACCCACUGAACUUUGUCCUUAAUUAUCCCUUGAUUCCUAACACGCCUGAGGGGAGUGUAGAAUUUGAAAGGUUUAAUACAGAAGUGGACAAAUUUUGUCUUCAAUAUCCCCCAUCGGUCAGCAAAAUCUUAAACAAAACAAUGUCCGCAAAGAAUCGCUACUUCUUGGAGAGAUGGAAGAAAAAGAUGAUAGAGGAAAUGGGUGAAGAGGGCUUCAAGCAACAUCAAGAAGAAACUCUAAGAAAAGGUAUAAAUUUCCAUGCCUGUGUACAACAGUUAUUAGCUGGUGAAUCAGAAUCAGAUAUUCAGAUACAACCUAAUGUUGAAGCUUUCUGGAGGAGUAUACAGCCUAUAUUUAAUGAGGUUACAGAAGUUAAAGCAUUAGAAUGUUCGAUAACACAUCCUUAUCUUCUUUAUAAAGGUGUAUUUGAUUGUGUGGCACUCUAUAGAGACACAUUAUGUGUAAUAGAUUGGAAGACAUCUAGGAAACCUAAACCGUUACUAACAAAUACCUAUGAUAAUCCUUUACAAGUAGCGGCUUAUCUGGGUGCUAUUAAUGCCUGUACAGAUCCUCUUCUAAAGAUUGGACCUGUAUCUAAUGCUGUGAUAGUUGUAGCCUAUUCCUGGGGUGAUCCAGCACAUGUUCAUUUCCUCAACUCAGAAAAAUGUCAUCGAUAUUGGUCUCAAUGGUUAGAAAGACUGGAUUUGUACUGGAGAACUCUUGAUGCUCCUGCUCCCGAAUAACAAAGUUUAGAAUAUUCUAGCCACAUUGUGUUCAUAAACAGAUUCUAUUUAUUGACAAUAGGAUUGCAUGUUUUCUGGACCAAACUGCUCAACCUCAAAUUUGUUAUCCUAGAAUGUUUUUGUGUGUAAAAAUACCAAAAUAAGAUGUAUGUAUCUAAUACCAAUCUUUUGAUUAAUUUUUACUAUCAUGAUAGCAGGUCCAAUUGAUAAAAUAAAGAUGGAUUUUCCAAUGCUCAGAGAGUUGAUUUUCAGUUGCAGAACUGAAUGUUUUGAUGAGUUCCACAUUCUUAUCUCCAUGAAAGUGUUAUCUAUCCAUAAGUAAUCCAGUAUACUUUGAUAGCACUAGGAUAAAGUUCAGAUGCAAAGGGAGAUAAUCUCAACCUGUUUCCCAAAAACCAGUGUCCAUUAUUAAUAAACCUGUCCCUUUAAGUUGUAUGGUGAUGAAUGUGUUAAAAAUGUUCACAUUAAUUGAAAUAAGUAUUAAAAUGUAAAAGUGCUCCACCCAGGUUAUUAAAUAUUAUAAAUAACCACAUUAUAAUUCAAUUUCUCCUUAAAUAAAUAUUGAUAAUACAGGUGAGAUGGAAUGAUUCAUUGUAAACAUGCAUUUAAAAUUUUAUGUCAACUUAUUUGCAUUUGUGUAAUAUUUACCAUUUUUUGUAUUUCACAUUAAAAUUUGCAUUUAUAAGCUUUAUAUAACCUAUAUUAGUGGAUUUUACGGCAUAUAAGGAUAUCAUUACUGGUAAUUUGAUUUACGUUGUGUCACUAAUGAUUAAAGUAAUGUCAGUAUAUAAGAUAUAAGGUAAAACGAGCAUGUAAAUUGUGUUUUUUAUGUAUGGCAGGUGUUAGAACAAGACCAGUUUGUAUCUCAUUACUUUCUACAUAUACUUGAGAAAACUAGCAUUUACUUCUAUUUACCACUUAACAUUUCAUACUAUAAAUAAAAUACUUUUUAAUGACUUUGUUUAUAAGAUUAUGUUUUUGACCGUUUGUUAUUGAAAAAAAAAAAUUACAUAAGA